GCUCUAUCAACUGCAUGCACCUAUUAACGCUGCACAGCUUCACGCGCAUUCUUUGUUCUAGAAAGACCUAAAUGUCUCUCUACUUGAUCUUGCGUUCCUCAUUCUCAUAACACUCGCUUCCCGCCUGCGCCAGACCAAUGUCUACGCCACUGGUGCUUCGGCGCAACUUCUCCCUCUUGAACCGGAUACCACAUGCGCGUAUAGUCCGAUCGGCAGCACGAGAUGGCCACGAGCAAGUCAUAAUACAACGAGUGCGUAUAGGGCGACCAUUCCUCAGCAGGUCACGAUUAGUCGGUGCCGUCGCUGUCGGAGCGGCCUUUUACGGUGUCUCAAGAUACGUUAGCAUAAGUGUUGAAGUGGAAGAGGUCAACGAGGGCGGGUGGACAACGGUUGGUCGAGAAGCAGACGAUGAAGACGAAGACGACGACGAAGAAUACGACGACGAAGAAUACGACGACGCUAUACUAUUCAUACCCACCGGCUUUUCGAGGCUACAGCCAAAGAGGUACUGGAAAGGCUCAGAUCCAGAAUGGCAACAGUUCAAACAGCUGGCGACGGAUCGCCCAAGGGUUGACAAAAUACGAGGGGAAUUAGUAUACAGAGUACGCAACGCCUUCGCCAAGCACCCAAUUCUCGUCGCAAAAGCCGGCAAAAUCGACACGAGCAAAGGCAAAGUGUGGAUUGAGAUCAAGUUUCCAGACACCACGCCAGACGAAUACGAACAGCCCGGGAUAGAGCUGUUGGAGGAUGGAACGUUGCGGAAGGCAAUCCGACCAGUCGACAGCACUAUUCACCACCGCUUGAAUCGGCUACUCUACCCCAAGGAGGCAGCGAAGGCCCUAUACAACAACACAACAAGCAAACUAGGUAGUUCAUGGAAAGGUUUCAAAGUCUACAUGGGUUGGAGUCCAGAAUCGAAGACCGAAACUGUUCAAGAACUCGUUCAGCGGAUAAGCGCCAACCCGCGGUCAUCGGUUAACCCCACAACGAGCGUCACUCCAAGCCCUUUCUCCACAUCUGCGACACCUACCCAGCAGCCAGGUGCGUCGCCCUCCGUCGCACCCGUCGACGGCGCGACCAAAGACCUCGACAGCGUCCAAAUUGAUCCCAAGAAGUUCACGCUGGACCUAUCGCAAUUCCAGGCCGACUUUCGCAGAACAUUCAAGCCGUACCCGCACCCUGUUCCGCGCGGCGCCUUCAUGGUGAUGGGCCUCGUCGAGGUCUACGGCGAGCGAGCGAAAAUCACAGUCAAUGUACAUGCGGUGUACGAUCCCAAGCAAGGGCGCUAUGUGGGCGUGAGUGCAGUGCCGUACAAUUUCGUGGAAUUUCGUCAGUCUCCUAAAGGUGGGCCGUAGAUUUGGCUGGUGGGGGUUGAAAUCGUUAUACCCGGUGUCAGGGGCGUUUUGAGCGUUAGAUAUCACGUCAUGUCAUUCAUUGUGUGGGUAGCGUCUGCUUUCGUUAUGCGAUCACGUUGAGCGGCAUUUGUAGGUGUUUAGACUGCAUUGAGAGAAGAACACAAAUUCGGAAAAUUGCCCAUGA